UUCGUAUGAUUAACUGAUAAACUUCCUCAUUUCAGAAAUGUCCACAAAUUCUACACGUACAAACUGUCCGCCUCUGACUCAUUUAAUGAACGGAAGGUAGGGUACUUAACGUGGGAGACAAAAUUGUUGACAGACAACGCUGGAACAAAAACUUACAUGGCGAAGAUGUUACGUUGUAAAUCUCAUCUGUUAAUAUCAUUUGUCCUCUGCCAUGUAAUAGUAGAUAGCGAGAAACAUUCACUGAUGAUAUAUGAAAAAGUAACUUGGAUAGAGGGACAGAGACAGUGUGCAGAAAAGAAGGGGCGACUUCUCAGCUCGGACGACUUCUCUCUUUACCUUCAGGAAGUUCUGGAGAAAGUGUCGGGCGAUUUCUGGCUCGGCGACAUCCAGAAAGUUUCAGAAUGGAUCCAUCUCUUAGGUUGCUACAGCAAGUCCAGUAUUGAAAACAAGCUCUUCUCGCCUACAAACUUUACCAUUGCUCUUACACCAGGACGCUGUCAAGAAUAUUGCUUUUAUGAAAAAAUGUCAUUAUUUUUUGCCAUCAAGGAAGAAACAUGUUAUUGUCUCAAAUCUGACUUCAAUUUACCGGGAGACACGGCUGCCUCCAAAUGUGAUUAUAGUUGUAACUUGGAGGAACCAAAGGCCUGUGGUAGCAAAACAGGACCAUAUCUGAGUGUUUACAAAACAACUAAUACUUCCGCUUUAGACUUUCAUUAG